GUCGUGUGACCCGUUACAAAGAACAUGGACACCACCGGAGGAACGGAUAUGGGUCCAGGCUCAUCCGCAGAUCCAGAGGGGGAGGAGCCGGUACCAGAUGGGCAGGGCAUACCUGAAUCGGAGGCAGUGAUUGGCAGGCAGCUUAGUGAGCCAGGUCGCUUUGCCUAUGCGGGCUUAUGUGGGGUGUCUUUGGGCCAGCUCUUUCCAGGGCCUGAGCACAGGUGCUUUCGAGAGCAGUACCUGGAGGGUCUCGUGCGAUGGCUGGAUCUGGACGAUUCGGUGAUGCCGGUCAUGGGAGCGUUCCUCGCAGGGCUGGGGUUCGAGGGCAGCGACACCUUCCUCUCCAUCCUGCAGGGGGAGCCGCUGCUGAGCGCUGGGGCCACGCCCAUCAUGCAGGACCUGGUGUCCUUCUCUUUGAAAGAUGGUCAGUACGACGCCCGGGCCCGGGUUCUGAUCCGACACGUCAGCUGCCUGCUCCGCGUGUCGCCGCAGCAGCUGGAGGAGUUUGAGGAGACGCUGGGAGAGAGACUGAGAGAGGGAGGAGAGGAAAGCGAAGAAGAGUCAUCUCGCCGGCAGAGAAGGGAAAGAGGAAGAAAACUGCGUCGCUACUUGCUGAUUGGUCUGGCGACCGUGGGCGGGGGCACUGUGAUUGGAGUGACAGGGGGGCUGGCGGCUCCUCUGGUUGCAGCAGGGGCGGGGGCGGUGCUGGGAGCGGGUGGGGCCGCCGUGCUGGGCUCGGCUACAGGCAUCGCCAUCAUGGCCUCCCUUUUCGGCGCUGCGGGGGCGGGGCUAGCAGGGUAUAAGAUGAACAAGCGGGUGGGGGCGAUCGAGGAGUUCGAGUUCCUGCCGCUGAGCCCGGGGAAACGGCUCCACGUGACGGUGGCAGUGACGGGGUGGCUGUGCAGUGGGAAAUACAGUUCGUUCCAGUCUCCCUGGUGCAGUCUGGGUGCGUGUGGGGAGCAGUACUGCCUGGUGUGGGAGUCACGUUUCCUGCGAGACCUGGGUUCGGCUCUGGACUCCCUGCUAGAUGGGCUGGUCAGCAUUGUGGCACAGGAGGCCCUGAAGUACACUGUGCUGUCAGGUAUUGUAACGGCGCUUACAUGGCCUGCUUCCCUAUUGGCCGUGGCCAGUGUGAUUGACAACCCCUGGGGGGUGUGUCUGAGCCGCUCUGCUGAGGUGGGGAAACAUCUGGCCCAAGUCCUGAGGAGCAGGCAACAGGGGAAGCGUCCUGUCAGUCUGAUCGGCUUCAGCCUCGGAGCAAGGGUCAUCUACUUCUGUCUGCAGGAGCUGGCAAAUGACACAGGCAGCGAGGGUGUAGUGGAGGAUGCCAUCCUGCUGGGGGCGCCGGUGGAUGGGUCGGCCAAGCAGUGGGAAAGAAUGUCCAGGGUGGUCGCCGGGAAGAUCGUCAAUGGAUACUGCAGAGGGGACUGGCUCCUGGGAUUCCUCUACCGCGGGUCAUCUGCCCAGCUGUGUGUCGCAGGGCUUCAGCCAAUCAGCUUGGACGAUCGCCGCAUGAUCAAUGUGGAUCUGUCCUCAGUGGUCAAAGGUCAUCUAGAUUACAUGCGUCAGAUGGACACUAUCCUUGUGGCGGUGGGAGUGCCCACUCGCGAAAGGGCAGGGGUCAUAGCCGGGGCACCACCGAAGAUCACAGUGGAGAAGUCAGAGCCUGGACAGGACCAAUCGGCUGAAGAGGGCGGAGUUUCCAGAAGGAGCGGUUUGGCCAGCGCCGGGGACGAGGGGCAAGGGGGAACAGAAAAAGAGGAGUGCGCAGAUGGUUGGGACAUCCCGGACAUUUCUGAUCUGUUGGAUUCCCUGAACGAUGCAGACAUCUCUUCCCAGCAAUGUGUCCUGGGUAGCUCAGUGGACAGCCCCGACCAGAACAACAUCUGCCAGGAGUCAUCUUCAGUUCCAGAGCCUCAGGGCGGAGGAGAGGGGCCAGAGAGGACAGAAUGGGACGCUGAAAUCACAGACUGGGACUGGAACACAACACACUGGAGCGCUGAGCACACAGACUGUCACCCUGAUACUGGGCACACGUUACAUGACCAGCUGCCCAACCGCAGUACCUCCUCUAGCCAGCAGGGAGCAGCAGUGUCAUAUUUGUCCAAGGACAGAGACUGUGGACCUACACUCUCAGACUCACACCACACAGGGGUAGCAGACCAGAGGGCAAAGAGCAAGUACAUGGACUCAAAUAGCAACUUUCAAUAGAUUAAAUUGGAAGGGGUUUUGGGGACUGGAGCUGUUGCUUAGAUCCCCUCCCCCUGACUAACCAAUCAUAGGCACAGCUGACUCAUUUAUACAUUGAAGUAAAAAAUUAAGUUUAAAAAAACUUAUCCUAGCAAUCUUCUAACUUUCCAUGUUCACACAACUUAGGUCUAAAAUUGAGUUUAGGAUUAUCAGAAACUAAAAGUGAACAUAUUAGAUUAACUCAGUAUUAGAUUAACUAAUACUAAAAGCAGGUACGAACUGGAUUAUGUGUGUGGAUGUGUUUGUUCCACACAGAGGCAUGGCCCAUCAGAGAGAAUAAGUCACACUGUACAGUCAGGCAGAGAGAAUUGGCUGAGUGCUUUGGCUGGUCUCUGUGCAUUAAGGGCAGGUGUACUCUGAGCACGCUAGGUUCUGGGUGUCAGUGCUCAUGAUGUGCUAGAGGCUUUCCGCCAUGUUUUUUUUUUUUUAAUUUCUGUGCUUUUCUGCUGUUUGUCCACCGCUUGCUUUGUUCAUGUCUGUAAUGACUGUGAAGAUGAGAGUGAGUGUGAAAAUUAAUUUCCUCUCGGGCAGGGUGCCACGACCCUGGUUUUCUGUCAUCUGAAACUGACACCACAGCAGCUCUCAGUUUGUUCUCUGCUACUGUGUCUCAGAUUAACACCCCCCUGAGCCCCC